AACUCUUCGACGUGAUGGCACGAAUUGGCUACGUCGCGCUCUUCUUCGUGAGCGCUGCGUGCGCUGGUCUGCUGCGCACCUUUGGUCAGAGUAAUGCCGUCACUCUCUCCUCGCUUGUCACUCUCUGUAUGAGGCUGAAAAUUGCAUUUACCGGUUGAAAUUGUCACUUUAUUAGAUAUUCUAUCGAGAUUCGGGGUCUUUGACGAGUGCGAUGACUCGCCGUUCCCGAGCAAUUGCGUUGGCAACCAGCUCGUCUACCGCAUCAGUUUCAGUCUGGGCUGCUUCUUCUCACUCACCGCGUUGCUGAGCUGUGCGGUGGCCAAGGGCUGCGAGAGCGUAUGCUGCAUGCUGCUAUUCCAGCUACCCUUUUAUCUUGGCAUUCUCCUGGCCUCACUCUUCAUCCCCAAUGAUUUCUUUGAUGGCUACGUGGACAUUGCGCGGGUGUCGUCGGCGCUCUUUAUCACCCUGCAGAUCAUCAUCAUCUUGGACUCGACUUACAGCCUUCGGGACUAUAUAUUGGAAAAGAUGGACGAGGCAGAUCGCGACGAUGACGCUCGACAUGCACUGCUGGGCAGCAGUUUUGACUCGACACAAGGGGACGGAAGGAAGACCAUGUGGGAGGGAGCGUAUCUUGCUCUGGUUUUCAUCUGCAUGGCUCUGUCAAUCGUAGGACUCGCCUUGAUGUACAUGCGCUACGCAGAGUGUGAACUGAAUGCCAUGUUCAUCACGAUCACGCUGUUGUCGGUGAUCAUUCUCACAGCGCUGAGCGUUGUGGCAUGGGUAAAUGUGGGGCUCCUUCCAUCGACUGCGGUCUCCCUGUACCUCGUGUUCUUGUGUUACCAGACAGUUCGAGCAAACCCAAGCGCGUCGUGUGCACCAUUGCAAAUAUCAACCGAAGAGAAGCUGCACGAGCAAUCGAGUGUGAUCAUGAACGCGUUCGUUGCAGCGUUCACGAUCACGUGGACGAGUUGGCGAACUUCAGCGACCAGUACAGUGUUUUUCGGUUCGUCUUCUACACAGAAGCAGCUUGAAGACAAUAGUGAUGAAGGCGAUGAGGAGCUAGCAAGUAUCGGAUUGACAUCAGUUCGUUUAAAUAAGGAAGGUCAACCUGAAGUGGAGGUGGUACCUGAAUACCAAUUCCACGUGCUGAUGGUACUGGCGUCGCUAUAUAUGGCGAUGGUCCUCACAAACUGGGGGAGCUUCGAUGGGUGAGGUUCCUUGUCCACGUUGCAUCAUUUGUAGUAGCUCACAGUCCUUUGGUUGCCCAGAUCUUCGUCGAAUGAUGACGAGAUUGUGACGAUGUGGGUCAAGGCGGUCUCACAAUGGGUAGCAUCCGGACUAUUCCUUUGGACGCUUGUAGCUCCUGCGGUGUUUCCCAAUCGCGAUUUCUUGUAAGUGCUAUCGAACGCGCACGAUAAAUGCAUAUAACGUCACCUUGUUCUAUGGUUUUCGCUUGUAAACAACGUUCUCAUUUAAGUGCAAGCUGAAUAAUGGAGCGGGACGGUCUAACCCAGC